AUGUCGAAAAAGAUCUGCGAUCACCAGCCGACGGCAUGUGGCUGCACGGCGAUGGUGGAAGGAAACGUCAAGUAUUGCGCGAGAUGCGCAAAAGGAGAGUGUGGUCAGAGCACCAGCUAA